AAUCGUACGGUAACGAGCAACAAGCGAUAAGGUGACUCAGAUGGAAUGCGUUAUGUCUCAGAGAAAGACUGUCAGCUUUGUGACUGGAAACAAAAAGAAGCUGGAGGAGGUUGUUGCGAUUUUGAAGGGAAAUAAGAGUGUCGAGUUUGUUCACACACCAUUGGAUCUGCCCGAGUAUCAAGGGACUGCAGAAGAUGUUUCCCGAGAAAAAUGUAAAGAAGCAGCCAGAAGAUUGAAGACUCCUGUAAUUGUGGAAGAUACAUGUUUAUGCUUUAAUGCAAUGAAUGGGCUUCCUGGACCCUAUGUGAAAUGGUUCUUGAAAGAGUUGGGACCAGAAGGAAUACACAAGAUGCUGGAUGGUUGGGAGGACAAAUCAGCCUAUGCCCUAUGUACUUUUGCGUACAAUGCAACUGGAAAUGCUAACGACCCUGUCCUACUGUUUACUGGAAAAUGUGAGGGGAGGAUCGUAUCACCUAGAGGCCCAAGGGACUUUGGAUGGGACCCAACAUUUCAACCAGAUGGUUAUAAUGAAACAUAUGCUGAAAUGGCAAAAGAUGAAAAGAACAAGAUUUCCCAUAGAUCAAGAGCCCUCUGCAAGAUGGCAGAAUACUUCGAAAAAACAGAUGACGGCUGAUGAGUGAACCACAAAGCUGAAAGAAAAUGGUCCGGUUCAGACUUGGGGGAUGCAAGUAGUUUGGCACCUCCUCAGCAAGGCAAUUCAAUAUGUAUGCCCCAUACACCUUAUUCAUUUGAUGUGUCUUGUUAAAUAAACUUUCCUGAGUCAGUA